UCUGCUCUUUCACAUCGGGAUUUCUGGCCUCCCUUCCAAGCAGACCCCACUGCGAUGGCAUCUGCUAGUGAGCCCCCUGCCAGCCCAAGGGAUGCUGCCGACCAGAACUUUGACUACAUGUUCAAACUGCUCUUGAUCGGGAACAGCAGUGUGGGCAAGACCUCCUUCCUGUUCCGCUACGCUGACGACUCCUUCACCCCCGCGUUCGUGAGCACGGUGGGCAUCGACUUCAAGGUCAAGACAGUCUAUCGACAUGACAAGAGGAUCAAGCUGCAGAUUUGGGACACAGCAGGCCAGGAGCGCUACCGGACAAUCACCACAGCCUACUACCGUGGAGCCAUGGGUUUCCUGCUCAUGUAUGACAUCGCCAACCAGGAGUCCUUCACCGCCGUGCAGGACUGGGCUACACAGAUCAAAACCUACUCGUGGGACAAUGCCCAGGUCAUCCUUGUGGGAAACAAGUGUGACCUGGAGGGUGAACGGGUUGUGCCUGCCGAGGAUGGCCGGAGGCUCGCUGAUGACCUUGGCUUUGAGUUCUUUGAGGCCAGCGCCAAGGAGAAUAUCAAUGUGAAGCAGGCAUUCGAGCGCCUGGUGGACAUCAUCUGUGAGAAGAUGAACGAGUCCCUGGAACCCAGCUCCGGCCCCGGCAGCAACGGGAAAGGCCCAGCCCUUGGAGAUGCCCCGCCCCCCGAGCCCAGCAGCUGUGGCUGUUAAGUGCGGCCCUUGACCACCUCACACCUGUGCCCCGCUUGCCUCUUCAAGGACUGCAGCCGAGGUGUGAGCUAUGGGGGCCAUUUCCAAGCUCAGGGCACCCCUUCCCACCGGUUC